AUGGCUUAUGCUAAGCUCUCUCUUUUGCCUCUCUUCUUGCUUGCCACAUUAGUGUUGAUGUUUCCGAUGAAGAAAGUAGAAGCAGAUCUUUGUGAGAAAUUUGCUUGUUCCAGAUCUGACCCGGUGUGUAAUGAUGGUUGUCAUUGUAUACUUUCUAAGGGUGCGGAGGGUGGUGUUUGCACAAGAAACAAACAUGUAGCUAAGAAGGUGGAAGAGCAUCCUGACUUAUGUGAGUCUCAUGCAGACUGCACAAGAAAGGGAAGUGGGAGCUUCUGCGCUCGUUAUCCGAAUUCGGAUCUUAAAUAUGGCUGGUGUUUUGACUCUAACUCUGAUGCCGAAGCCUCGUUCAAGAAUGCUUUUAGCUCUGAAUUCUCUAACUUGAAAAUGCCUUUAGAAGUUUCCAGUUAA